GCUAAUUAAGCAAUCACGGUGAAAAAAUAUGUUGAGUGAAAUUAUACCGAAAAUUUUGAUAUUACUGACCGCGAUUAACGUGGUUUAUGCGUAUCGCAAAAGUUCGUGGUGGAACGGUGAAAAUGCGCAGAGACAAGGACCUAACGUGUGUGCGGUAGAAGUAAACGACGACAUAAGUUACACUUAUUACACGGAGAGCCAGGAAUGGAAUCCUCGGAAAAUUUGCGGCAAGCCUACAUUUGUAAAAUACGAAUGCUGCGCGGGAUAUUAUAGAGUCCCUGGUCGUCCUGGAUGCACCGGCGUGAAACCAUUGAUAAAUCUCAUUGAAACAACACGACGUGUUGGUUCGACGAAAUUCGCCAAACUGAUGGAAAGUUCGAGAUUCGCGGAAGAAUUGAGAAGCGGACCUCCCUUAACUAUCUUCGUCCCUUCUGAUGACGCUUUUGAAAACUAUCUGAAGUUAAAAGGAAUUAGACAAGAUUGGCUGUACGACGGUAAUAGAUACGUAAAUUUGAUCGCGAAUCACAUAAUAGACAGACGUUUAUUGUCGAAUCAAUGGCAAGUGAACGUUUUAAUUCCAUCGAGAUUACAAGGGAACGUAUUGAGAAUUAAUAAAUUUUCCAGCGGGAUGGAAACGGUAAAUUGUCAUCGAAUUAUUCGCAAGGAUCAAAUUGCCAGUAAUGGAGUUGUGCACGUAAUCGACGGGGUUUUGGAUCUUGCUUUGGCGCAGAAUUCAGAUAUAAUUGAGCUUGCGUCCAGCGACGGUAGAUUCGAAAUAUUUACAAAAGCCCUUGAAAACAGCGAAUUGGGAAACCGGAUUAGAUUCAGCGAAAUACCCUGUACUAUUUUCGCUCCCACCGACGAUGCUUUUCAUAAUAUACCUGAAAAGCAAUUGAGCGAUAUGUUUGAAAAUCCAGAUGCGUUAAAUGCGUUAAUUGCUCAUCACAUCGUGACGCAUCCUGUAUGUGUGCCAAAUAUCAUUUCGGAAUAUCGCGCCGAUACGAUGCAACGACAGGAAUUAACGUUAAAUUGUGGCGCACACGGGCCGAUCGUAGACAAUGCAAAUUUGCAAAGCGAGAUGUAUCAUGGGAAAAAUGGACUGAUGUACGUUCUUGAUCGUGUCUUGCUUCCGGAUCGAGCUAAAACAGUUUUGGACGUGUUGAACGAGGAAGGACUGCGUACAUUCUCCGAAAUAAUUAAAACAGCUGAGCUGGAAGAAACAUUGAGACAUUUGAAACACUUCACGAUGUUCGCUCCAUCUGAAACGGCGAUGUAUUCACUGCCGAAUCAACAACUUGUAGAACUUGGAAGGAAUCAAAAGAGCGCUCGAGAUUUUGUUCUGAAUCACGUGGUGACUGGAACGUAUUUCACUAAUGAAAUUAGCAGUAAUCAAGUCGCUAGAACGCUCGAAAUAGGUGUUCCUUUGCGAUUCCAAGUUUAUCGCAGUAAUUUUGGAAUAGAAAAUGCGCUGAUUAUAAAAGCUGACAGAGAAUGUAGCAACGGUGUUCUACACGUUAUCAGUCACAUUUUGCAUCCUGCACAGGAAUCUUUGGAUUAUAUCUUAAAAAGAGAAGGCAAUUUCAGCAUUUGGUUAGACGCAAUGGAAAGAAUUAAAAAUGUUCAACCACAGAUCUACGAUCAAUUUAAACGUGAAAAUUCUUCGUGUACAUACUUCGUUCCUUCAGAUGAAGCAUUCAGGCAACUUGGAAGUGCGAAACUUCAAAAAUUGUUGGAAGACAGAAACUAUUUAUCAAAGACAUUGCAAAAUCAUAUCGUGGAUAACAUGCUACUUUCCGAAAGUUUUAUACCUAACCUACAGUACACUGUUAGAACUAAAGGCAAUCCGAUAAAUAUUGUGAGAAAAAACGACAGAGUACUGGUAAACGAUGCAACUCUUGUGAAGAGCGAUAUUUUGAAUAAAGCUGGAAUUGCACAUGAAAUAAACACGGUACUACUGCCUGACCAAUGUUCUUCAAAUUAUAGAAGACAACACGAUGGCUCUAUGAGAAAAGUUUGUGUUUAAAUAGAAUAAUUAAGGGGCAGUAUAUAUAGUUU